AUGAACAAGACAACAAAAAACAAGAAUGAAUUCCACAACACCCGUUUAUCGAGACACAGUACAAACAGUUAUAAUUAAAAAUGUGGUCACUGUGGUUCUCUGCAUCACCAUUAACUAUGUCAACAGCAUCCUGGUACGCACAUUCAGAAAACAUCAAGUGUUUAACAUGAACCCUCGCUAUAUCUUCUAUAUCCACCUAGUAAUCAACGAUAUCAUCUUGCUGAGUGCAUUCACUCUGCUUCAGGUCCUCAGUUACACUGUCUUUACACUGAAUGCCUCCUUAUGCAUAGUUUUGCUCAUAAUUGCUAUAUUUGCAAACCUGAACAACCCCCUGACCCUGGCAGUUAUGGCAGUGGAGAGUUACGUUGCCAUUUGCUUCCCUCUCCAUCACACCCAGAUCUGUACAGUCAAGAAAACCUAUGCUGUGAUCGGCUUAAUAUGGACACUCAGUACGCUUUCAAUCCUACCAGAUAUAUUUGUUGCCGUAGCCACAGAACCUGUGGAAUUCUUUAAUUCCGGAGUUUUUUGCUUGAGGAAAAAUAUUUUCAGGGCCCCGUAUCUCACAGUAAAGAGAGACGCACUCAAUGCAGUGUUUUUGGUCAUUGUGUGGAUGACACUUUUCUAUACAUACUUCAGGAUACUUUUUACGGCUAAGGCGGCUGCUGCACAUGCCAAGAAGGCAAGAAACACUGUCCUCCUCCACGGCUUCCAGCUAAUGUUGUGCAUGCUCUCUUAUGUCUUUUAUCUCGUUAUAGAAGGUUUUACAAUCUUAUUUCCACAUAAUUCGGUAAACAUUCGCUUCACUCUUUCAAUAUUGAUUCAGAUCCUUCCUCGACUCAUCAGUCCAGUCAUUUAUGGGUUACGAGACAAAAUAUUCAGGAAGUACCUGAAACAAUAUUUGUUCUUUCCAACAAAAACUAAAAUUUAUAUACAGAAACAACAAACUGGGACAUAA